ACCGAGUUUUGCACAACCUCUGCCAGAACCCAUGGCGAGGCGCUUCGCUGCUCCCAGAGCCCGCUCAAAUCAGCUCACCGCCAGAGAUGACGGCAGCUGGCUAUGUGCUGAUGGCCCAUAUCUUGGCUGCGUAAAGGCUUUAUGUGCCCUUUAUCCUGCCUUGCGGGUCCCUGAUGAUCGCAAUCGUGCCAUUCCUUUUCAAGCAAGAGCAGCCCGCGUUGCAAUCGUGACCAUGAAAUCAGAUGGCUCGAUACCAUGUGUUACCAAGUAUAACGUCCCUGGAAACACGGCAGCUUUAAAAGAUCGUCUCUCGGCAGUCCCAUCGCGUAUCCAAUGUCACCCAGACUGUAAAGUGGAAAGCGUGAUUUACUUGGUUGAAGGGUUAAAUCCUGAGAUUGUGUCUAUUUUCGGUUACAAGUUGGACAUAGACCCGAUGCUCUUUGCGAGCCACGAGAGAAGCUCCAACUAUCAAACUCUGCCUAACGGGGCGGGCUUGGGACCACGCCUCCCGUCUCUGGUCAAUAGAGACACAACCUGGCGCAUAACAUAUUACGAUAUUAGAAUACCACCGCCACAAGACAUAUUUACCUCUUACACCGUGGGAUGCGCUUUGAGCGGAAGGGAUGCACAGACACAGAGAAUCAACGACAAAUGGGAACAACCCUUUAUCCUCACCCGAAAAUGUUCUGUUUGGAGGAAGCCGGGCUCUGAAGAUGAUAUUGAUAGUACACUGAUCCUAUGCGAUCCGCCAUUCUCGAAAGCUCACAUUUGGACCCAGAGUGUAACCCAUGACUGGUGGGAGAUCGAAGAGAAGAAUGUUUCGACAAUGCCGCACCACGGGGGCUACGCCGAUGUUAUACCACGCCUCACUUCGUUCAGAACCUGGAACGGCCCAGGACCGGAAAGACAGAGUCUGUACGGGGACCUCUUGUAUUAUUUGACUAAGCGCUCCCAUGAGAUACAGUGUGAAAGGGAACCGCCUAUCGAUAUCGAGAAAAUCGCCAUUAGGAUCAUAACAUCGCAUUACUUGCUGCUUCUGGACUAUUUUGAAGGUAUCAUAUUUGAUCUAGAAUUUCCAUUAUCUCGCAAGAAGAAUUUCAGCACGCAGGAAACCCUCAAUAUGGAAGAGCAGUGGAGCACCAUCCAACUCAUCCGGACCAGUCUCAGUCGUUAUAUUCAAAAUGUUUCAGGAACUAUGGUUCAACUGCGAAUUCCAUUCGAAGACCUUGGAAGCACGGAUUCUGCAGCAAACUUAAUAGCGUCCGAAGAUCAGUACGACUUUCAGUACAUCUAUAUGCAACUACGAGUCCUCAAAACACGAGCAGAUCUUCUAAAUGAGUCACUCACAGGCUUGACAGGCAUUCUAGGAAAUAAAAGAUCAAUCAGGGAAGCCAAAACAGUCAAGACCCUCACGCUUGUGGCGCUGGUCUUUAUUCCUUUAAGCUUUACGUCAGCAUUGUUCAGCAUGUCCGAUGAGUUCCUCCCAGGAAGAGAGAGUUUUUGGGUGUUCUGGGUGGUUUCUUUACCUCUUGUCAUUGCCGUUCUUGUCCUUGCCACUAUUCUUGACUUUGGAUAUGAUGAUAACGGCACGUGGAGGCCAACUAUGUAUCUUUCAAUAGAGAAAUGCUAAAGUGAGUAGUUCCGGGCCGCAGUAUUACUUUAUGAAUUGAAGGAUUUCAUUUUCUGUGAUAAAGUCUUCAUUAUAUACAACUCCGUAGCCUAUGUACUAAAUGACACUAAAUCUUGGA